UCAACUUACGCUAACAUUUAGUGAAGGAAAUAAAUAUCUUCUACUUUUCUGAUCUACCAGGAGACCGGAUAAUAUACAUCACCAAACUUCCUUUUCGCUUCAAGGUUGAUUGAAGUCCCCUGCUCGCCCCUGCUUUGGGAGUAUCUCGGGAUCCAUACUUGAAGUGCCCACCACCUGCACUCGACCCCGCCAUCCAGCCAGCCUCAACUUGCACCACAUAGAAACCUUCCUCACAGCAACAUAUCGUCCUCUUUAAGACAUUUCUUUCUUUUUCUAGAGAUUUUUUUUUUACUGUAAUAAAGUACAGCCCUCCAGAACGACGUCAAUAUGGAACACGAUAGUACCACCCGUAAGCUUUCCAGCGAGCAAUGGCGGGGUAGAAGAAUGAAAUCUAACUUCUCCACUACAGCUCAGUACCUGACUUCGGACAAGACUUCCUUUGCAUACGUCUCCGCGAGAGACCGAUGGCCUGUCAUAUUGGUAGAGAAUCCUUUUCGAAAUUAUGUUCGUCAGAGAAGAAGCUGAUUAUCGGGAUAGACGGGUGCCAUCGAUGAUGUGCAUAGAGCGGUUUCGGAGACAACAGACGAUGCGAAAAGGGGGGAGGGCAAGAAGAUUAUCGAGGAACUGGCGAAGCUCAAAUAUGAAUUGCAGCAUGAUCGCAAGUUGACGUAG